CGCUCUUUGUUUCAGACAUGCGUGUGCGGGCUAGUGUAUAUGACCAGCACCAUCGUAUAUGAUGUCGGACCUCAUAUUUUCAGCAACAAGUGGCUUUUGUUUGGUACAAGCACAACGCAAAUCAAAAUUCCAUUUAGAUAUAUGAUUUUCCACAUGGACGAUAAAUAUUCUGACAAAAUUUCAGCUACUGUUUUCUUGCUAAUUUUUGAGUGGAAGCGUGCUAUAUAUGAAAUUUGA